CGGACCGAAUCGCAUGCUCGUGUUGUCGCGCGCCGUCGAGUCUUUUUUGUUUGUUUAUCUUUCCAUAAUCCAGAUAAACGGACAAGCCUCCAUACAUCCGAUCGACUUUUUGUUCUGAUAAUUUCGGCAUGUCACUAAUCAUAAUCGCGCGGGUCCAAUCAAGUAUUUGUACUGACAGCUGAGAGAAUUACGCAAAACACUACACAAUCAACACACACGUACCCGAAGAUAAAUAUGUCAAAAUCUGCUCUCCAGAAUAUUCUACCGUUUGUAAAUCAAGUACCAGGCUACUUUGACGAGCAGAUCAAACACUCGAGUGACUAUCGAUACUGUGCGGUAAUUAGACUCAAAUAACGCCCCGCCCACGUCUCCGUUGUCCAGCGAAUCAAAGCGGCGUGCAACAUAGCCAAUGCAAAAGUGCAUCUAGGCCCUCGGAAAAAAAGUGUGUAAACAAAAACUGCGUGUUGCAUCGACGGAACUGUUACGACAGUUUUUUUUCUCUAGCCGCCGCCUACCAGUUUUAUGUGACACGAGGCAAGUGUGUGCUAUUUAUCGUCAACUUAACGAAGCAAUAUGUCAAAUUAAUUUGCGACUGUCAACGACAAGUGAAAACAUUUUCCGUUCAGAUUUGCAUUUUUCUUUCCAUUUUUUAACCGUUCGAGAAAAAAAAUUCUUCCCAAGUGUGUUUAACAAAAGAAGAAGAUAAAAUAAGAAGGUCGAAACUUGAAAUUUUAUAUUUUAUGGCAAGUGAGGCGCCAAUGUGAUUGUUUUUGUUCCCGUUUCGAAAGUCAGUUGUGGCAAAAGGAAGAGAACCCACGAAAGUGUGCGCACCCGAAGAAAUCGAAAGCAAUAGUUAAGAUAUUUGCUGUUCCCGACGUCUGGAAUAACGCAUACAAAGAUAUACAGCGUGCAUCGCGACGUGGUAGUACUAGAAUUUCACGGAGCCGGCGCACAAGGUGUCGCCAGUAGGGUUCUGCGACGUGGAUAUCCAUCAGCUGGUGUUUGGCUGUGUGUUCAUCUAGUUGGCAUUGGGAAAUCGGUGAAAACUCCAAGCGUGCUUUCCUCGGAUCUUGUUAGUGCAUCAUCGUCAUCACCGUCGUCCGGCUUCAUCGGUUGAGCGGCGUUUGUUGGAGAAUAUAACAGCCUCCACAAGUUGCAUCUCCACGACGACGACGACGACGACGGCAACGGCUGUGAUCGCAUUUUAUUAAUCAACGUUACGCGCGUUUGUGUGCUUGCGCCGCGCCACCCAGAAGCAGCGUGCCACAAUCAGCCAGCCUCAGGAUCCGAGAACCGACCAAACAAACCCAUAAAUUAUCAUCCCAAUCGCGCUCCGGGCAAGAAGAGCGCGAACGCCGUCGCGCACCUCCGAAAGCUCGCCGCCAAACGCAGUCGGCGGUGACUACCUCCAUUAAACUUUAACCUUGAGCCCCGGUGCGCGCUUGCUUUGUUCGUAAUAAGGCCGACCCGAGCCAGAAUUCAAUCGAUUGUGAUUUUCUUACUGCAAGAGUAUCUAUUUAACUACGUUUAAUCUAUAGAAGUUUUAAUAAUUUCGUGUUUGAGAGCUGAUUAUUUUUACAUUGAAUGCUGUCAAUCCGACUUCAACAACUUCGUCAUCGUUUUGGUGCAGAAUUACUGGACCAAAAUAUUUGAAAAGGAGAAGAAGAAGAAUCCAAUCUGUGAUUAUUUUUUGUUAAUUUUAAAGUAUCGCUUUUAACGCAACUUGAGAGUAAUAAUAAAACGCCGUAUACUACCUUUCUUAAUUCGUGAAUGCAAUAUACGAGUGAGCUGCUAGUGAAAGGAGCAUCAACGAAAGAGACUUCAAAUAAAAUUCAAUACCUUUGUUCAUAAUUUAUUACUGUUUUACAACGAAAAGACAAAACAAAACAAAAAAAUGUACAACUCCAACCUCAGCCUGACCGUACCGCCGCUGUUGGGCAUCGAUGGCGGAGUUUGCACCACGCCCAGGACGCCGGAAAUCCUCAACUCGCUGAUGGCCAUGACAAACCCACUCGAGUAUUCGUACCCGAGUGUGGCGACGCAGGCAAACACGACCACCUCCGCGGGCCUUCUCGUCGGUUCCACCAACACCGCCAGCUCGCAACAGGUGUCACAGACUUCCCACGACAGUCAUUCCAACAGCUCCGAUUCACCGCUGGAUUCACCCGCAGCCGGCCAUCGCAAGACUCCGAGCGUACAACAGACCCGCUCGCAACUGAUCAAGGCCGGUGUGAAGCUGCUGAUACAGAGCAAGCGCAAACACAGCGGUUGCGAUUCCAGCGACGGUAACGAAUCCUCUAGUGGCGGAGGUGGAUCACGAGGAGGAAACGCAGCCAGAUCUGUCAACGGAGCUCCCCAGUCGAAAAAGCGCUGCGACACGGAGAACCUGACGAGUGAAGACGACGUAGAUAGUCUGCCAGCUUCAUCAACGGGUGGAGGAGGACCUGGCAGUGUCAGCAGUCCUCGAUCGGUCACUGGGUUGACUCCGGAUGACGAGGAUCGUCGCAGGCGACGUCGGGAGCGAAAUAAGAUCGCUGCUACCAAGUGUCGCAUGAAGAAGCGUGAGCGAACGGUCAACUUGGUGAAUGAGUCGGAAACUUUAGAUGCGCAGAACAAGGACCUGAAGCAACAAAUGGCCGACCUGGAAAGCCAAAGGCGGAAGCUGAUCGAAGUACUGCAGGCUCAUGGCCCAACCUGCGUUCAUCAGAAAGGUUACCAACCCUUGCCUAGUCUGUCCACCAUUACCAACAACAACUGCAAAUUUUUGAAUGACCUGAACUUCCUGGAUGGCUCAACGGAGGAGAUAAAGUACUCGGAAUGCCUUAAGUCUGGCGGUGAGCUUGGUGAUUUCUCGAAACAAGACAGCGUGCUACCUCCCGGUUAUUGUAAACUAUCUCCAACGGAAGUGAACUAUGCAACGCCUACCGACGUAAUGGCUAUCAAUAGUUUUGCGGAGUCGUUGAAAUCCGAAUACAUUCCAAGCAGCCAAGAACGGCCGGCUCGCGCCAAACCUGGACCUAAGCCACGACAGAAAGCCGCCAAGCGUUCUAUCCCCGUUACCAGCACCACAACUGUAGUGUCGGAUGCACUCCCCUCGAUACCCGUAACCCUACCAAGUGCCGACUUCAUUCUAAAAAGCGAGCUCAUCGAUACCAGCAGUCCAUACACAACAGUUCAAUCUGCCGAUCGCUUCCUAUUUGAAAACUCCCUGGACCUGUACAACAACAAUAACAACGACAGCAACACCCUCGACGGACACCACACAAACGACAGUGACAAACUAACUUCCCUAGCCGCCAAGGACAACGCUUCUAACGCCCUGCUAGAGUUUAGCGCCAGUUUCGAUACCACGAUCAUCAAACCUUCGGAUUACGGACUGCUGUCACCGCAUCAGCAUACCCAUCACCAGCAACAGCAACAGCAUCACCAUCAACAACAACAACAGUGCCAUCUACAGCAAAAUCUCGGCAAUCUGCAGCUGCAUCAGCAACCUCUUCAGCACAACAGCCUCCACCAUCAGUUGCUCUCGCACUCGAACGGGUCGAGCCUGCUCGGCGGCACCAGCAUCGUAACCAACGACUUUUUGAUCCUUCCGGAGCACGACGGCAGCGAGUUCACCGACCUGGACAGCGGCAUCACGUCGUACGCCAGCAUCAACGGAGGUUGCCUGGCGUGACCACCGUCCUCGUCGCCGUUGCCUCCGCUGCCGCUAAUGUUGUAGGCUAGGCAAGGUCCACCUUAGUGACCCACUAGGACGGAAUGUUUCAGUCGUGUUGUUACACAUAGAGAGUAAAGGGUUGCCAAAUUUCUCGUACUCUACCACCCCCCCGUGAUCGUUAAGCGCAGUUACCGCACUCUUUUUUUUUAUUGUCUUAAAUAUUUGUAUUUAUAUAUACUUCUAAUCGAACCCAUCUUCAGGAAGGUGUGAGUGUGUUUGGUAGUCAGAACUAGCCGGUAGGGAAGGUGCUCUUGAAGAAGACGCAAAACAAACUCAAAUUUAACAUUUUUCUCGCAGCCUUAUUGUUGAACCGGCUUAAAGUUGGUCCAAAAGGUUCGAACGUAACUUUUCGAUUAAGGUUUCAUGUGUCAGUCAUCGAAGUCUCUCUCUCACUUUCUGUCAUCACUCGAAAAAUAACAUCAGCUCUUAGGCUUGUGGGUGUAUGUGUGUAUGUAAGCAGAUCACUCAGGUUGAAAUGUGUAUGUGUGAGAGUAAAAGUUGGUUAAGCGAAAGGGCCUGGCAUAAGCGAAAAGAUAACUUGUGGAAUGUUCAAUGUUCACCUUUUUGGUACUAGGAGAAAGGGAAAGAAAUAAUUAAACUUUUUUUUUUAUUCAGGCACACGUCUUUGCAAAAAACAAACUUGAUAGAGUUUCUUAAGACUUUUGUUUCGUUUAGAACUAUAGAAUAUAUCAGCGAAGAAAAAGCAUUCCUUAUACUACUAUAAGUUAUCGUACUCAUAUUACACCGUUCCGCUUCCUGUAUAUUGCGCUUUUUGCAUGAUUUGCGCAUGCUUUAUUUACAUUUUCCAUUCUUUCUCUUUCUCGCGGUCUCUCAGAAAUAAGUUAAACACAAAAAAAAAAUGUAUACUUCAGCAAUAUUGUGAUAUUCGUUGCCCACCUUUUGGUGAGAUUAUGAGUAAAUUAAAAUCUGUUCACUGUCUUUUGAAUUGUUUUAGAAUUUGGACGGAUUCUGCUUCAAACUGCUAGAGAAAUACUAAAGCAAAUCUACUGUGGGCCCCCGAUAAUUCGACCGUUUUUAAUCUGAACACUUUUCAAUUUGAACCCCAUUCGUUUGUACAUCGUUCUAAUUGAAAUUGGUGUAAACAUCAAUUAUAUCGAUCAAAAAUUUUAAAUGGAACAUCGUGAAAAGGAACGCAGAAUCAAAACAACAAAAAGGGCAAUCAGACAUAAGUUUUUUCCGAUGAUCAUAUUGUUACUAGAAGUUGGAAUUAAAAAUGGACUACGUUAGUAUGAAUGAAAUUACAAGAAAACCAUACGGUACCAGGUACAGUUGUAUCCAAGUACUCAUGAAGUGUUUUGCUGAUGAAUUCAGAAUGUUGUAUGAAGUAUUGGCACGUUGGGCGCCAAAAUACAUCUCAUAGGAAACCAACACUCGACAAACUAUAGGCCAUCGAAUUUUAAAAAUGACGUAUCUUGCGUCACAUGCUGUUUUCGAACGUGUAUUCCCAUGUGAUCGCCAUUUAUUUGACAACUUUAUCCCGACAUUGGUUGGGGCCUUGCCGACUGGACUUAAUUUUUUAUUGUUCCAAUUAUCAUCGACAGUUCCCUGUGAUCUUUCCCAUUUCUGCUGACGAUCCUGUGUUCUGUGUGUUUGGGUACUUUCAACUGGCACUAGGAUUGUAUGCUGGUUUCCAUCCUAAGGCAGACUUCUUUUCCCCUCGUGCUUAAAACAUAUUAUGACUUAUUCAAACUGAUUUUUGAAGGUAACUUUUAGUAAGGCAUCUUGAUUAUAAUUUAAAUUCCUGUUAUAAAAGUGACAGAAUCUGAAAAUAUCGAAGAAAACAACGUCAACCAUAAUGCCUCAUACAACUAUUCUUGUUUAUCAGGAAUUUUAGUGGAAAAGCCAUGAAUGAAUAUAGAUUUAUCCUCCCAUUUCCUUAUUUAUCAAAAAUAUGUAAUUUCCUAAGCAACAUAUAAAAUAACCUCUCCUAAGUAUCUUCCGUACUUUCAAUUUGUUAAUUUAUGAGUUUACGAAAUAUCCCAUUUAAGAAACGCUUAACCCGCUAUUAUGAGUAAGUCUGGCAUUUCAGUUUUUAUCGUCCACUAUUUAGGAUCGAUUUAGUAAGCUUACAAAAUGUUAAGAACAAACCAAUCAUGAUAAUGGAAAAACAAAUGUAUAUUAUCAUCUGCUCUAGGAGUAAUAUAUGUUUAAGAAAAGGUAUUUUUUAUAAAAAAAACAAAUGCAAAACAAUCUCUAGUUGUUAGAAACAAAAAUCGUCUCCAUAGAUAGAUGUCGUUCUCGCAAUGAAAAAUUCGAAAUGAUGCAUAAAACCACCCACAAUUUCUUCUAUAACCCAAACGGACUGUUCAAAUUACUUUGCAACAACAUAACACGGUAUCCUUAUUCGGAAUGAUAAUAACAGAUUACACAAAGGGUAGGCCUGUAGGAAAAAAAACUUCUUCUUCUCCUUAAAGAAAGAUCCACCGACCAACGCAGCAAAUUAUUGAUCACGCAAGAAAUUAUGAUCAAUUAAAAUGCAAUCAAGUCGAUCCUCAUGUCGAGAAACUAAUGGACGGCGAUAUUUGGAAGCGAAUAUGGUGAACGAAGACGGAAUCAAUCUGUGCUUAAUAUACACAAGCAAAUCACGGAGCCCAAUUAUUUUCAUAUACAAUAAAGGAGAAGAAAUCGGAAUACAGAAAUUGCAAGGCAAUCAAAUGCAUGAUUAACUUAAAAACAGAAGUGGGCGAUAAUCCUUUCGGAUUGCAACUCAUGGAAACAUGUUUUUAUUUUGCAUUCUUCUUAGCGAGUUGCAUUAUCACAACAAUCAAAACCCAGUUCCCUGAAGAAUACUAGUCAUCACACAAUAAAAAAUCUAUUACCAUCUACAAGGCAAGCAGGCGAACGGAUGCUCAUCGCUAUGACAAUCGCCCACUUCUAUUUUUCUCUCUUUCCCUCUCCACACCACUCUCUUUCAUCGUAGCUCGCUGUUGCUGUUUAGAUUGUGGCGCGCUUUCGAUGCGAACAAAAACAUGCCUGCUUCGAUGUUGUAACGCGCAGCACUCAAAGCAACACAGCAACAAUAAACUAUUUACCAGACAAACUAUAAGAAACAAUGACAAAUGACUACCACUACUGUAGGAACAGUAAGAACGAAAUGCCUUCCUAUUUUGAGUAAUAGGUUAUAAUGCAUGUUAGAUAACAAAAAAAAAACAGGAAAAACAAGUUAUUCCUCUUGAAAAGAUAUAAAUUUACAAAAAAAAACAAUACUAUAUUGUUUAGGCACAAUUUUAAUACGAAAUACACAGCUUAAAUCGAAAUCGGAGCCUUAUAUUAUAUUGUUGUAGAGCUUGAAGACCAAACAAAGCAAAAACAAAUACAUUGAAGCCUAAUGUUGUAAAAUUUUAUUCUACAAACGAAAAAUCACAGUAAAAAAAAUACGGUGGGCCAACAACGGCAGCCCUAGUCGCCGCACAAAAUAUUAGUUCCAUUUUAGCCACGCGUCAAAACGGAAGCUUUUAAUAUUUACCAGCCCUCGAUUGGUUCGACCCCCGUUAACAGUGCCAUCUACCAGAGCAAGCGGAGGAACUUUGCUUGAUUAAAAAAAAAGCAUUACAAAAGUCAACGGUUGCUCUGUUUUUUUGUUCUUUUUCAAACAUCGUAUAUUCGAAUCUGGGCGGAGGAGUUCAAUCAAGCAUGAACCAACGGUCGAUCGAAUUUAAAAUUUAUUGUUUUCAACUUGUUUUUUUAAACGACUUUUAGACGAAAAAAACGAAACUACUUUGUACCUGGGCCAACGUCGUCCUUUACACUAAUUAUGAAUUCAUGUUCCGCUAGUGACAUUUUGAAUGCAAACCUUUUAUGUACGCUAGUUCAUCUAGAUUUCCUAUUGUUUUCAGUUGACGAAAAAUAAAAGAGACAUCACCAGAAAGAUUCAUGCAAAAAACAAUAGGCAGUAACUUUUUUUCUAAUACAAUAAACACUAAAAAAACACACAAUCGAAAAGGAGAAUGAUACCAGAACAAAAGGAAAGAAUCUAAUUCUGUAAGGAAUCACAGUGCUAUAUAUAUAUUUACCAUUAAUAUUAGAGGAGCAGAGAAAAAACAUUGUUAAACGGAUCAUUAAAAUUGCCAAUAGCUAAGCGAUGGCGUGUAAAACAAAACUGCAUUGAACGUUGUAAGAGCAGAGAACUGCAAGCAUCACAUUAAAAAUCAAAACAUGAAAACAAAGAAAAAAUAAACAUCGAAAAAAACUA